AUGUGGGCGAGAGGCGGGUGUCGAGAGGCAUCGAAGAGAUUUUCUCAAUGGCCCUGGCGCGCACAGCGGCGGUCCGCGAUCCGCGAAGAGGAGAAGGGGAGUGUGAUGAGAAGUUGCGCAGAAGCACGAGGGGCGCUUUAUUUUUCCCUGGUUUACGGUUGAUGAGCGGUUGAGUUGCGAGGAUAUUGAUGGAAUUUGUUUUGGGAUUGGCAGCUGGAGAGGUUCUCUUCGCCGAGGUUCUCAUCACGCCGACUGGUGUCUCCAAGGGCUGCGGCAUUGUCGAGUUCGCCUCUCAAGAAGACGCUCAGCGAGCUAUCAGAGAGCUUUCUGAGGUACCUUUACUCGGACGCCCUGUCUUCAUUCGUGAGGAUCGCGAGAACGAGUCUCGGUUUGGUGCUACGCCUGUGCCAGGUAAGAUUGGCAUGGCGAUGGCCGGUCAGGGUCUCAAUGCAACCCCGCCUCCUCGUCCGCCUCACCACAAUUACUUCGGCACCUCGGCCAACCCCGGAAAUCAGCUUUACGUUGGAAACCUGCCUUACCAAGCUGGCUGGCAGGACUUGAAGGAUCUCUUCCGCACCGCUGGUAACAUUAUCCGUGCUGAUAUCAACAUUGGCGCGGAUGGGCGGCCGAAGGGCUCGGGCACGGUCGUGUUUGAGACACCCAAGGAUGCUAACCAGGCUAUCAGCAUGUACAACGGCUUUGACUGGUACGGACGUAUCCUCGAGGUCCGAGAGGAUCGCUUCGCCGGUCUUUCUGGCCCUGGUGCCUUCCGUGGCGGCGGUCUCCGGGGCGGACUCGGCGGCGGGCGUGGCCUGCGUGGAGGCUUCCGGGGCGGCCUUCGUGGUGGUUUCCGCGGUGGAUUUGGCGGGGGAGGCGGUGGUGGUGGUGGCGCGGGUGGGCGUGACUUCUCGAACUCGGACAUUUAUGCGGAUUACUCGGGCCCUGACCAGGGUGGCGCGGGAGGUGCACGCAUGGACGGGUACAGUGCCGGCGCUGGUGGUGGCGCUGGUGGCGGAGGUGGAGGUGGAGGUGGGUUUGCGGCGGGAGGAUUCAGUGGGCCGCCUGCACCUGCGUUCGAUCUCGCGCCGAGCCAGCAAAUUAUGGUGCGGAACCUGCCGUGGUCGACAGCGAACGAGGACCUAGUGGAGCUGUUCGAGACAACGGGCCAGGUCGAGCUCGCGGAGAUUCUGUUCGACGGGACGCGCUCCAAGGGUUGCGGCGUCGUGCAGUUUGCGCAGGUGCCGGAGGCGGAGACAGCGAUCGCCAAGUUCCAGUCGUACAUGUACGGCGGGCGGCCGCUCGACGUGCGCUUCAACGACCGCUGGCACACGUUCACGCCCACUGCUGCCAAGGGCGGGCAGAUCGCGCCGAUGCAGGCGGAUAUGUGAGGUGUGGGCUGCGAACUGUGAGUUACGGGUCGCGGGCUGUGCUUUGCCACUGGUUGGUUCUUGAAGCUGCUAUGAAGCUAUGAAGUCACGAUGGUGCUUUCUCUUUUCUCGAUGAUCGACAAAAAUGACGGCGUAAUAGACAGCCGAGGUUUCAUUUGAUGUCCUGCAAAUUGUUCUCUUUUUUUCUUUUCUUGCGAUUUAUUUUUCUGUUAUGAUUCAGUUCAUUCGAAAAGAUCAAGAGAUAUAAUUACUUAUUGUACUUGUACAUUGCUUAUGUGGUGCUUGCUUUUCUUGUGAAU